AUGGGUCUUUUCAACAAGCGCAACACGCCCGCGCCGGUAGAUACCACUACGGCAACCGGAACUCAUCAUACCCACGAGAAGAAGCCCGGCAUGUUUGCUCGCAGACAGCCUAGGGCAACCCCGACAGGAGCAUCUUCGCAUAACAGCAGGCCCACGUUCGGACAAUGGAUCAAGGCCACGGCCCUAGACAUCGUCACCAUGGCUGUCAUGGGCGCCAUCGGCUUGGGAGUGUACAUGGCUGACCCGGCACCGAGCCGCAGCUUUCCUGUCGUCUUCAAGGAUGGCGAGAUCGUAUACCCAGAGUUUGCCUAUCCUCUGCGGAACGAAAUCAUCCCCAUCUGGGCUGCCGCUCUCCUGGCUUUCUUCAUCCCCUUCCUGGUCUUUUUGAUCGUCCAGAUCCGAGCCCGCAGCUUCUGGGAUGUCAACAACGCUACAAUCGGACUGCUGUACGCGCUCAUCUCUGCUGCCGUGUUCCAGGUCUUCAUCAAGUGGCUCAUCGGAGGUCUUCGCCCUCACUUCCUCGCCGUGUGCAAGCCCGUCAUUCCAGCCGGCCUUGGUGUCGGUGACAACGACAACGGCGUUGAUGGUGGCCUCAACGGCAACACCGCCAACGGUUACCGCCAGAUCAUGUUUGACCGCAGCAUCUGCACGGGCGACAAGAAGCAAAUCAACGACAGCCUGGAAUCUAUGCCUUCUGGUCACACCACCGCUGCCUUCGCCGGCUUCGUCUUCCUAUAUCUCUACCUCAACGCUAAGCUCAAGGUCUUUGCCAACUACCACCCUGCCAUGUGGAAGCUCAUUGCCAUCUACGCACCUCUUCUUGGAGCAGUCUUGAUCGGUGGAGCGCUUACUAUUGAUGAGUAUCACAACUGGUACGACAUCUUUGCUGGUGCGGUUAUUGGCACCAUGAUGGCCUUCAGCGCCUAUCGCAUGGUUUACGCUGCAGUCUGGGACUUCCGCUUCAACCACAUCCCGCUCCUUCGCCAUGCGCCCUUUGUAUACGGUGCCGGCCCAAGCUCCUUCGAUGGCUUCCAUGAUGCCAUCUUUACCCGCAAGGCAGGCUGGGGUACGCAUGAGGGCAGUAGCUGGGGCGGUGCGCCAGGCGAUGCUGCUGAUGGACCGCGUGGUACCAUGGCGCCGCACCCUGACGGCCCCGCGCAUGGUCACCACCAUGACGACGCAUAUGGAAGCACUACGAGUCGUGUGCAGAGGAAGCCUCUUGGAGCAGAUAGGCACGGCGAGCAGAUGGUGUAG